AGAGGAGGUAGCCAGGGCCAAUCUGGUUGUUCCUGCAGGCUCUAGGAGAUGUUACCAGCUUUGAACAUGGCAUUCAGCAUAGUUUCAUCAAAUUUACCACUUUCUUUUAGUGUUUUAAUUAUCUAAUUUUUUUUUAUGUAAUAUGUGCCACUUUACUUCCAUGGUGAAGAUGUGAGCCUGACUUGUCUGGUAAAUUAUUGUUAUCAUGAGGUCUUAAUCAAUAUCAAUUAAAUUGUAUUCAGUCUUAUUAAUUAAAUACCAUGACAAACCUUAAAGUUUUUCUUUUUAACAGAUACUCUUGAAACCUAGACCUGAGAUCUGUCCUCCAUUUUACUACUAGUGUGGGUGUGUGGGAGUUCCCCUAAUCUCCGUGGUUGGUCAUCAGAUCUCCGACCUUAAAUGCGCUACUGUCAGCCGGCAAGUGACAAUGUCCAAACUCUGUUUGACAGCUGUCGGCCAGCUAAGGGCCCGUGAGAGGGCUGACGGGAGCAAGCGAUCGAUUUUCCGAUACUCCGUCGUAGGUAUGCCCGCUGCGCUGCGCGUCGAGCGGCUCGCGUCGUCUUCCACGUACCCGAAUGACUGGCGAAAUUCCAUUGGUUGGCCAGUCUCUUUCAAGUUACCAUUAUUAAUAAAUGAACAUGUUAAGAUUAAGAGCUAUUUUGAAUCAAAUCAGUGUUUAGAACACCCACGAAAGGAAGCUUCUAGUUUGGUUAAUGGCAUAUUUUGCCCUCCUUACGUUAAUCACUAUGUAAAAGGCCUCAAUUUGUAUGUUGCUUAAACAUUUUGACUUUACUUCUAAUAUUAAGCACCUUCUGAUACCAACGAAAUGUCAGACUCAGAGGAAGAAGUAAGUCUUGAUAAGCAGUUAAAACUCGUCCUUGUUGGUGAUCCCGGGACCGGGAAGACCAGUAUAGUUAGAAGAUAUUGCCAUCAAGAGUUCUCAAGGCAGUACUUCCCUACUGCUGGUGUGGAUUUCUUCUUGAAACGAGCCACUAUUCAUGGAACCAGGGAUGCAACAAUACAACUCUGGGAUGUUGGAGGUUCAUCUAUCGAUGGCAAAAUGCUCGACAAAUAUAUAUUUGGAGCACAUGUUGUUAUUUAUGUAAUUGAUCUAACCAACUCCUCAAGUUUGGAUAACUUGUCUCAGUGGAUACAGGCAGUUCAUUCAUCUCAGGGAAAACCAGCCCUGUGUGCUGUUUUAGGCAACAAAUGUGACAUGGAACACCAGAGAGUGAUUCGGAUUGAUCGUCAACAAAAGUUUGCCUCUGACCAUGGAUUUUUUUCUUAUGUAGUGUCUGCUCGCACAGGAGAAAAUCAUUCUUUUAGUGCACGGCACUUAAUAUAUCCCCUUCAAAUUCAGUACCACGGAGUAAUUGUAAAAUCCAUCAUGCAAGAGGAGAUGAUGCAGAAGUAACGACCAACUGUGGACUGUGGUAAUGUUCCGGUUCACCCUUUACCGUUAUUGUAAGAUAAAAAAUCAAAAUGAAUACGUUGUUACAAUACAAAAUGCAAACACUGUAUUGUAACCCAGCUUUAAGUUAAGUUCCUGGUCCCUGCUUCAAGGACAUUUAGGUAUCCUCAUACUACUGUAACACUUCUUUCGAUUUUCAGAUAUCACUUUUCUUCCAAAAAAUGGCUGCAGAACUGUUAGGUCUUAAACUCUCUCGGGCUGAACAAGAGGAACAUCAACCAGUUGUCAGAGCUGAAAUAUCUGAUACUUAUGUGACAGGUGUUCCUGAGAGCACAGGGAAAAGAGCUCAAGCACUUGGAGCAAAGUCAGCUGUUUGUGUAUUGCAAUGAGCAAUGUGACACCUAUUGUAUUCAAUAAAGACAUGACAAAUGAAAAUACA